AUGCUCCACACCCCCGACGACCCCCCCACCCCCACCACCUGGAACCCCCCACCCCACCUCGAAGCCCGCUUCUCGCGCAAGCGCCGCCGCACCCCCACCGGCACGCACUCCCCCUGCACCGCGCCGCUCACGGCCUCCAGUCUGGCCACCACGCGGCGCCAGCUGCUCCUCGACAGCCGCAAGUCGCUGCUGCGCCAGCGCGCGCAGCACGUCGAGAAGGUGCGCCGCGCGCGGGCCAGCAGCCACGAGGCCGUCGGCGCAAGGCUCCUCGCGCUGCAGCAGGCGCUGAGCCAGGCACAGGAGAGCCGCAACGCCAUCCUGGCGCGCAUCGCGGGCAGCUGUGCCAGCGAGGUGGCGAAGGCGAAGCGGCUGGCGGGGGAGACGAGGGAGCGGCGGGAGAGGGAGGCGAGGGCGCUGCGGUGUGGGGUUGAGGAGCGGAUGAUGGAGGCGGAGAGGAGGAGGAUGGAGGUGUUGAGGGAGCGGAGGGGGAGGAGGAGGACUACUGGUGGUGGUGGUAGCGUUGGGGGGGCGGUGAGGGUGGAUGGGGGGAGUGAUGUGGAGGAGGAGGAGGAGGGGGCCGCGGCGGCGGCGCUGCAGAGGGUGAGGUUGGAGGGGGGGAGGGUGAAGAGUGUGGAGGAGGUGAGGGGGGAGGCGGCGAGGUGCAUACAGAGGGUGUGGAGGGGGCAUGUCAGGAGGGAGAUUGUGAAGCGCUUCUUGGGGCUGGGACUGACGAUCGAGAGCGUUAGAGAUACGAGCUUUGAGGAUAUCUCGAAUAAGUUCCAGGAGGAGGGCGUCCAGAAGGCGACGGCCCGGCUGUUGAAGCUCUGCGGGCUGCUGGGGAGCUCCGCGGCCGCCGAGGGCGAGGUCGACGUCGAGGUUGCCUGUAGGACGUUCCUGAGUGCGUAUCUGAUCCUGGGACACCCAGCUGAAGUCCUGAGCAAUGACGGCGAGAAUGAAAAGGCGUUAAUCACCAAGUCCAAAGAUCUCCUAAUCGCCUUCGAGUCCUUCUUGUCUGCGCCGACGUUCCCGCCCGCGAAGCAUCUGGCCGAGACCUGGGAGUCCUUCAGCACGGCGUUCACCUCGUGGAAAGCCCGCGACUCGGAGAUCCUGAUCAAUACCAUGGUCGCGCAGUAUGCCGAGCUGGACCUGAUCUGGCAGAAGGUCAAAGACGACACCGAGGAGCAUGUGGCGGCAGACUUCAAGGAGGGCAUCAGGGAGAACCAGUUGAUACUGCUUGUCCGCAUCCGACGGCUUGCCGGCGAGAAGACGAGAGGCCUCAUCAGACAGGCUGUCAAGGAGGCCAGGAGGACCAGGCUUCCGAAGAAGGAGAAGGGCGAUACAAGGCCCCGCGAGACUCCGAGCUCGUCGGAGAGCAACACUGUCUCCACCGCGGUCACCGCAGCUUCUAGGGUUGCAAAUACACCUGCGUCUCCUAUCACCGACCAGGCUUCUGUCCCAAUAGCUGCCCCACCCACCGCAGACCCCACCCACGACGCCUUCUCCCAAUUCUCCACCAGCGGCACCCUCAGCAACCGCCAAAUCGUGCACGAGCUCGCCCUCAACCGCGACUUCAAACUAACGCAACGCCAAAAGCCGCCCCUCGAGCAGCUUGUCGAGCGCGAAGCCAAACGCGCCUUCUGGGACCUCAUGCGCGACGACGUCCUGCACAACCGCAACCUCACAAAAUGGCUCCCGCCCAUGGCCCACUCCGUCAAAUCCAAGCUGCUCCACCUCCUCGACCCCGCCGGCGCCCUCCACCGCACCAUCGCCGACGCAAUCGACAUGGACCUCAUCGCGCAGCAGUGCGAGCACGGCACAUACGACCACGAGCGCUUCUUCGCCUUUGUCCUGGGUCUCCUGCCGCGCAUAUGCUCGCCGGCAAGAGACGCCGAGGUCCAGGCCCUCUUGAGCCACAAUGGCGACUAUAUCGACCGUCUGCAGCGCCUCUUCGACGUCUUGGAGCUCCUGCAGCUCGACCAUGCGAACUUCCUCCUCAUGAUGUCCGCCCAGUAUGUCAUCCCCGAGGCGGCGCCCUACGAGCGCCGCCUCUUCGCCGCCGACAUCGAAGCCGGGCGCACAUCGCUCACGCGCACCACCGCCUGGCUGCUCGCAGCCAAGGCGGCGAAAAUGGCAGAAGCGGCGGCGCGAGACACCGAGGGCGCCAACCACCCGAAGAGUCGGCCCGCGCCGAUCCAGAUCUGGAACCACGCAUACCUGGCGCUCAUCGCGACGCUGGACACCACGCCGCUGACGGCCGAGACGGCGCCAGAGACGCUGCACCUCGACAUUGACCGCCUCAACGGCUUCCGCGCCGCGUUCCGCGCCAUCGUGCUCGGGGCGGCCAUCACGAUCACGACCAAGAACCUGCUGCGGCGCGACGUGCGGUCGGCGUGGAAGGCGCUGAAGGAGCGGGUUGCGGCGCUGCUCGCCGAGAACGAGAGGGAGGGUGCGCUGGCGGAGGGCAUCUGCGCGUUCUUGACGGAGACGGUGGCGACGCCGAAGAGUGUGCUGGGGCAUGUGGCGGGGGCGGUGGGGAGGAUUGUGGCGAGGGGGGGCGGGGACCCGGUGGUGAGGGUUGUGGCGGGGAGGGUGAGGGGGUUUGUGGGUGAGCGGUUGGGGGCCGAGGGGAGCAGGGAGAGGGUUAGAUUGGCGACGGGCGGGGGGGAGACGUUGGCGGGCUUUGGGGUCGCCGAGUGGAUUGGGGAGGUGGGGGGGUUGGUGGAGGGGGUGGUGGGGUGUGGGGGCGUGAAUAGGGACGUGUAUAGGGAGUGGUAUGAUGCGGUUUUGGUGGAGUAG